UUUUUAUUUUUUAAAGAUUUAUUUCAAAUUUCUGUAUUCAUUUUCUUCUAAAAUGAGCAAAAGCAAAAAUGACAAAAAACAAAAUAUUUCUUCAGAUUCUGAUAAUGAGGAGUUGGCAUUAAAUGAUGAUGAAUUUGACCUUUCAAUGGAUGAGGAUGAACGUGAACGUUUUAAUCAAAUGUCUGAAAAAGAACGAGAAAUUGAAAUCUUUAAACGGCUCGAACAACGCGAACUUAUGAAAACGAGCAAAUAAAGCGUA